AUCUGCCUAUCUAAUUCUGCUGCUCAUUCACUAACACUUUGGCCAUGAACGCAAAGCCUCGAAUUCUGCCAGAGGGAGGACGGCUCCAAUAUCUGCAGAAAUUGGUCUCUGAGUUCCAGGAAACAACAAGCCAAGAAGCCAAGGAACAAGUCCUGGCCAAUCUUGCAAACUUUGCCUAUGACCCCAACAACUACCAGUAUCUCCGGGACCUGCAAGUAUUGGACUUAUUCCUUGAUGUACUGAGCGAGGACAGCGAUACUUUAGUGGAAUUUGCCAUAGGUGGCCUCUGUAACCUGUGCCUGGAUAAAGUCAACAAAGAGUAUAUUCUACAGAUGGGAGGCAUCAAACCCAUCAUCAACUGCUUGUCCAGCCCCAAUGAGGAGACAGUGAUGUCAGCAGUCACAACACUCAUGUAUCUGAGCACUCCCCAGUCCAUCGAGGAACUCACAGCCCUGCCUGUGGUAGAAUGCAUGCUACGCUUCUCCCUCUCUGCAAAUAAGAGACUUAGCAAUCUGGCUACCAUCUUCCUGGAAGACUACUGCUCCCCUAGCCAGGUGGAGAAAGCCCAGAAUCUCAGUGCACACAGUGCUGUGGGCAUCCCACUCCCAAAAGACUGAUACUAUGUUAAGGAAGUAGUGUCCAUCCUUAGAAACCAUGGCUUAUCAGUCAGGCCCCAUACUGUUGGUGGAGAGAAUUGUCAGAAGGAUGAUGUCAGUAAGGGAAAUUCAAUGUGGGAAAAAGAUCAGUUUAAGCCAGUUAGAGGGACAAAAUAUCACAAGACUUUUCAGAAGUGUCCCAUCAAACCAUAAAGUCAACAAAGAGUAUAUUCUACAGAUGGGAGGCAUCAAAUCCAUCAUCAACUGCUUGUCCAGUUCCAAUGAGGAGACAAUGAUGUCAGCAGUCACAACAUUCAUGUACCUGAACACUCCCCAGUCCAUCGAGGAUCUCAUAGCCCUGCCUGUGAGCAUAAAGAGCUUGAGGGGUAGGAAGGAAAGGUCUUGGAAGAGGAAUCUCAGGACAAAGUGUAUGACUACCUUGAGGUCUGUGCCAUUAUCUGGCAACAGAGAACAGUCAAGGGUUUCAUACCUUUCGGGCUGGGGAAUCAUGUCUCCUUAUAAUUUGCAAGGUAUAACUACAAAGCCCUGAGACUAUCAAAAAUAGUUUUGUUACUCUAAUAGGUGUAAUAAUGUAUAAAAAGGAACCAACCAGGACCUAAAUUCUAAUUCCAGCUGUGCUUGAUUACCAGCCACAUGAUCUUCAUUAAACAAAGGUUUAACAUCUGUGAGUCUUAAUUUUUUCAUCUACAAAAUGGGUAUAACAUUGUGAGGAUCAAAUGAUAUUGUGUCCAAGAACCUGUAGGAAUGAUCACUUAUCAUAUCAGAGAUUUAAGCCAUUCUUUAUCCUCUAACCACCUUCUUUAGGCUCUGCCCCCUCAACUUGAAGUAAAAUCAACUUUAUUUGAUGCAACCUCUGGCUCUUUAGGAAUAUAUAAAUCUCAACUCAUGUGGGCACCAAAGACAUACAGGGAAGAAGGCUAUUAAGCAUGUUACAUGUUUAUAAGACCAUUAUCUAGAAUGAAUUGCUAGAUGUUUACAUAAUCAUUACCUGGGCUAGUUUUCAUUGAGAGUUGAGGCCAUAGGUGACUAUAUUUCUGCCUCUUUUAAAUAAAUUCAUUUUUAUUGAUGCUU